AUGCGCGCUCGGAGAGCAAUGAUACUUACGUUCGAGCACUGCACCUCCGAAUUCGAGAGUUGGAGCAUGCAUGCCAAAGUGCGGGCGUCGACGUUCCAAGUCUGCCGGAAACCCCCGAUCGAGCUUCUCAGCCAGAACCGCCCUUCUCCGGGAGCGCUCCGGUGCCGCCUUCCAGCGCCCGCCACCAUCCUGGAGACGCAUCAGAGACCGGCCAAGACAACGCACGUCCAGUGGAUCCUGUCCCCGCCCCGCAGACCCUCCAUGGCGCUCCAGCUGCUGCUGCUACGCCCAGACUCAGCGAGUGGGCAGCCCGAGGGCCAGGUGAGCGCGAUGGGAACGUUUGCGGCUGGGGAUGCACAUCUGUACACCCACUCCACGCCCGAGUAUUUCGGCCAUUCUUCCGCCGCUUCGUUCAUGCAACAGGCUUGCCUUGAUCCGGCCGGCGGAGUCCAUCCGAGUACCAGCCACUAUCUCGCAUUCGCUGCCGAGCAAUGUGCUGCUGGCACGCAGUCGUCUGCACAACUUCAGUUGCGUAAUGCCGUGUUGCCGCCUCGGCCUUUGGCAGAUCAUCUCUUGGAAGCCUUCUGGGAUAGGAUCUUCUGCCAGUACCCCUUCUUCCAUCGCAAGAGCUUCGAAAGGCAAUAUGAGCGUCUUUGGGCGCCCUCGACUGCGUUGCCAGCUCAUACGCUGUCUAGUGCCGCGGUAGGCUUGGGCGGAAGCCCUGAGACACCAGGGAAUCUCAUGGUGUUCCACUGCGCCCUGAAUGCCAUUUUUGCACUAGGCUGUCACUUCUCCAGCUUCCCGGCCGCAGAUCGGGAGCCGCUUGCAUUUUCCUUCUUCUUGCGUGCGAAGGCUUUCAUUGGUCUCGACCUUCUAGAAGUCAACAGCAUCGGCGUGGUGCAGUCCCUCCUACUGACCGCCCUCUGUCUACAGAGUACCCCUUUUCCUUCCCGCUGCUGGAAUGCUGUCGGUGUCGCUUGCCGUGUUGCUCAGGGGCUGGGUUUGCAUACUGACGUCGGUGAUAGUUCCCGAGACGCUCUCGGAAUAGACAUCCGCCGCCGGACCUGGCAUGGAUGCGUUCACAUGGAUAUUACCGUGAGCAUGAUGCUCGGAAGACCCCCGGCGACCUUGCCAUCACCUCUUCCUCUACCGUCUGUGCUUGAAGAUGAGGAUAUUUGCAGAGGAGCGGUGGCAGAUCCGGGGCAAGAACAACCUUCGUGGAAACGAUUCUUCGUGGAGGCAAUCAAACUGAACAGAAUUUGCGCCGCCAUCAUGUCUGAGAUUUACCAGCCAUGGCUUGGCACGGACUGCCUCGGACCUCCGGAUUCUGCAUCACAGAAAAUAUUCACUGCCGUUGAUGUCCUUGCCAAGCUGGAUCUUAACUUGUCUGAAUUUGAAUCGCGCCUUCCGUCGUUCAUCUCCUGGACGACUGAAAGCCCUACAUCUACUGCAACCGCUGCAAGAUCGUCAGUGUACCAACAACAAAAAAAUGUCCUACAUGCAAGAUUUCUCCACCUGAAAUUAAUGCUCUAUCGACCUAUAUUUACCUUCCUAUGCAACUGCAAUCGCAAUCCCGCAUCAACCACGUCUACCAACACCAGCCCUCUCUAUUCGGCUGUCUCCACCCAAUGCGCACUGUCAUGUGCCAUCACAGCGAUGGACCUUCUCGAUCAUGUUUACGAUACUUACCUAUCAUCCGCGACGGACGCCUGGUGGUACAACGGACUCUACGCAUCAACAGCAGGAAUCGUAAUCAUCAUGGCUCAUUCGUGUCCUCAGGUCAUCGGUUCCGUCGACGAGGCCAGGUUGAAGCGGUCAUGGGAACGCUGUGUUGAAAUUCUGCAGCAUCUAUCUACUUACAACGUCCCAUCGAAGAACCAGCUCAAUUUGCUCCAACGAGCAUAUGCACAGCGUAUCUCGGACCAGCCGUUCCCCAGCUCCACCAACAAUCCGCGGCAAAAUCGAUCUGGAGUGCAGCAGCCAACGUCAAUGCCGAAUGCCACCCAAAGCUGGGAUCAACCUGCCCAGAAUGGGUCGGCAUUUGAAAGCCAGGGGGUCGACAACUAUCUAUCCGGGAACGACGGCAUGACUGACUUCGCAGCUGAGGGAUUUGGCUUCUUUGACUCCAUGAAUUUCUUUGAGGGGGGCUUUCCGAAUUUCGUCUCUGGUUGA